AUAUGAGUUGGUUUGAUACCAAAAAUUUUGCAGGCCUUGCCAAAGCACUGAAAGAAGCUCAAAAGAAAAUUGACAAAGUUCUAGAUAUCCAAGAAGAUGAUGAUAUAAAUAACGCGGAAAAUAGUACAGACGAAUCAAACCCAUUUAAGGAGCCACCACAAUGUAACAAUGACAAUGAAAACGACGUAGAUACUGCAGGAAAUAGACGUACUUCGACAGCGUCAACGUUAGUAUCAUCCGUUGGCACUUUGUCCCCGCAACAAAUUACUUUAUUCAGUGACGAGCGAGAUGGAUCUGAAUCUGUCGACGUGUUGCCUACUGGAGAUAUGACAUCGAAAUCUGAAGUAGUAUUUCCGGAGAGGACAACAGAUAGUAUAGUGAUUAUUGGAAGUUCUGGUGAUGUCUGUGCUGACGAGGAAAAUCAGGCAAGUUCCACCACGACAUUGGUUACAUGUGAAGAGAACAAUGAUCUAGCAGAAGCUCAAAAACUUGAUAACUUAGACCGUUCCAAAAAUCAGGGCAGAAACGUCAGAGAAGAUGUGUCAUACGAUCUGCAAACUAUCGACUCAGAUUCAACGCAAAGUUUUGAAGAUGUGCAACUGAAUUCUCUAAGAAGUGGCCUAGGUUCCGCUAGUGAAGAGAAGGUUUAUGUGAGCAAUACACAAUCUGCGCAUACAUCAAAUGAUGAAAUGGAAACAGCUACUUCCUCUGACAUUGAAAUAAUAUCAAAUCCAAGCACCACGACUAGGACCAGUCCGCAAAAAGACGAAAAGAAGACGAAUUUGAGGACAAACACAGAGGGAACGACUAGCAAUGCUUCGAAUAAAACAGGACAUUGUCGUGAGCCAUCGGAGAUUUCAGUUUUAUCCAUUGAAUCGACAUCAGAGGACGAAGUAGAGAAACUAUUAAGGCGCAUAUCGGAAUUGAACAGCAUAGUUGAAGCCAGAGAACUUCGUUUGCUUCAAUCAGAACAACGCAAUUCUGAAUUACAGGAACGCAACAACGAGUUAUUGGCUGUAAUGAAUGCCGACGGCUUGCCACCAACAGAAGAGUACACCAAACGAUUAUCAGCUUUAGAGAAAAAAUUCCAAAAUUGCAUACGAGAAAGGGACGCAUUAAGAACCGAAAUCAAGGAGUUGCAAGGAAAAAUUCCAAAGCAUGAUUUCGCUCAUGAGUUAGACGAAAGUCGAAAUAUGGUAGCAGAACUUCGACAAGAGGGCGAAAAACUGUCUAAGGAAAUUUUGCAACAAUCAAAUAUUAUAAAAAAGCUGCGUUCCAAGGAGAAAAACGUAGAGGUGCAAAUGAAGGCGUUGCGUGAGCAACUGACUGCCACCAACGAAGAAAUAGAACGACUUAAAAAAACUCUUUCAGCCAAGGAAGAUGUUGAACGGACACAAAUUGAAGCUGUACAUAAAAUGUCAUCAGAAAAUCAAAAAUUAGAAAAGGAGAAUAACUCUCUCCGGAGCAAGCUUGAAGACACCCAACAAAAGCUUAUAACACUGCAACAUAGUUUUGAGGCGGUAAAAGUAGAACUACAGCAACGCUCCAAGCAACAUUCCGACCUGUCCAUUUCAAAAACCGCGAUUCAAACAGCGGAGAAGGAAAAGUUACAACUACAGGCAGAAAAUCAAGAGCUACAACGACAGCUUCAAGAAUUUGUUGAAAAGUUGAGGUCGACAGAGCUUACAGCUAUCAAGAAGGAACAGCAACUGAGAGAAGAAAACCGAGAUCUAAUAGGUCGCUUGGAAGCGGCAGAGCUAAGAGCAGAAUCGUCAACCCACGAGAUAAGCCAAACAACUAUACCAUUAAUGCGUCACUUGGAAUCACUACAACAAACAUUAAAUCAGAGAACCAAUAACUGGAACAGAGAAGAAAAAUCCCUAUUAGAAAAACUGGAAGCCACUAAAACACGUCUCCAUUCUCUAGAACGCAUUGAAGAAACAUCGAGAGAGCAAAUUGGAUCACUGAAAUCACGGUGUCAAGAGUUAGAAGAAACCCUGUCCAAAGUGCAAAUGCAGGAAGAAAAAACCAAAAUUACAUUGCAAUUAGAAAUGAACCAAAAGGAAACGGAUUACAGUAGGAAACUUUCCGAACUGAUGCAAGCGCUAGAGCAAAGCAAAUCAAAAAUUAAAACGUUGGAAGAUCGUCUUGAUGAAGCUGAACACAGACUAAGUGCAUCCGUAGAAAGUUUGCAGCAAGAACGCGAACAGGCGGCAAGCACAUUCGGAGAGUUGCCCAAUUCCGUUUCAGUUGAUGUUAAUAGACAUUCUCCCACCGCAAGCGGUGGGGUAAAUUCCAUUGAAGAUGGGGGCAGUAUAGAUUGGCAGCACCAAGAGGAUGAUUUCGAUUGCAUUUCUAAUGCUGGCGGAAGACCAGUACCUGGGCAAGGAUUAAAUUUUCAUUUUAUAGCUGCUAAUACGACAAACAAUUUUGAAUAUUUACAAUCUAUGCUAAAGCAGAGGGAAGGUGAACUGGCUCAAACUCAAUGGGAACUUUCACGAGUACAGUCUGAGAAGAGCAUACUGCAGGAGGAACUUACCCAACUUUCCAUAGAAAUGGAAAAUAUUCAGGAUAAAAUACAGUCGUUGGAGCUAAUGGAGGCAAAUUACAACGACUUGCAAACCAGGUACGACGCUCUAUUGCAAAUGUAUGGCGAGAAAGUGGAACGCUGUGAAGAGCUUGAAAUGGAUUUAAACGAAUGCAAAGAAGCAUAUAAAACACAGAUUCAAGAUUUGUUGAAGAUGAAGACAUGA